UUUAUUGCAUUGCUCACUUUCAUACGCGCUCCUAGCACACGCGACAAACCCCCGUUACAUAGCGCUGCAACCCGGGUUUGGACUUUUGGAGCUCUCCGCUUGCUUUGAGCUCUAGCUAGCAAACCUUGUAGGCACAAAUGGCACGUGAAGAGGUGACGGUGCUGAACAAAGUGCAGGUGGAGCGCGUCAGCGACCAUGCUGCUGUAGAGCUACCCGGCGCUUGGGGAGCCGACGAGGUCGCUGUGCUGGUGCUGAGCCGGCACAUGGGCUGAGUGUGCGCCUGGGACCUGGGCCAGCAGCUGGCGGAGGCGUGGACGCCGCGCCUGCGCCCGCUGGGCGCCCAGGUCUUCUUCGUGUCGUGCGGCAACACCACCGACAUGGCCAAGUGGCUGCAGCACACGGGCUUCCCGGCGGACAACACGCUGCUGGACCAGGCCAAUGCCGUGUACGACAGCCUCCGCACGCGGCGUGGCGUGGCACGUACCCUGCUGCACCCCUACAUGUGGUUUGUGCUGCCUGCCAAGUUGGCUGCCCGCGGCACGCUGCGGGGGCUGGGCAAGGCCAUGCGCGUGUGGCGGCCCAAGGUGCCCGAGAAGGCCGUGCACAGCUUCCUGCAGGGCGGCACCUUCGUGUUCCGCGGCCCGCGGCUCAUGUGGGCGCACCGCAACGCAGUACCGGGAGACGACCCGACCCUGGACCAGGUGGUGGAGGCAGUCAAGGCGGCCGCGCAGGGUGUGGCGGCGCCGGCCGGACCCACGCAGGCGGCAGCGCCUGAGGCGACUGAGGCGGCGGCGGCGCAGCCGACGGGGCCGGUGGCGGCCGUGGCGUCGACUGCGAGCGCAAGCGCGGGCCUGUAAGCUGUGGUUAGGUUAGCGGGCUGUACAAUGGGUAUUGGCUGUGGCGCAUUGCCAAGAAGCUAAAAUGACAGGAGCUGUGAGAGAGUGUGUGAGGGGUCGAGUGGAUGCAUGGAGUGGUAUCGGAUGAGCACGAUGGGUGAAGAGGAGAGCAAGCUGACGCCGAAUGGGAUGACAUUGCUGAAGAGUUGGUCUGCGCAGCAACCGCGUAGGAGUGCGAUGGGACAGGGUAAGGGGCAGAAAGGCGUAGUCCCGUCGGAGUGUGCAGCGCAGGAGAGUGUCACUGCACGAUUGAAACAUGUUUUGCGGAGUGACGAUGACGAUGGAGGCAGUCCAGCCAGGUGUGCAGAGCCAACGGCAACAGGGCAGGGUGUGUGUGGCAACUGCGGCGAUGGAUGGGCUCCCGGUUUCUUUGCUACCCCAACAAUCUAUGACGUCCCCGGCGCUGAUUAACAAUCAUGCCGAUGCCCCGCCACCGCGCGGGCCGUGCGGCAGGGAGCUCCCCACACCUGUCCCCUGCAGGUGUGUGGGGAGGCUCUCGUGUCGGCGGUUCGUGCGGCGGGUGCGGCGGCCGGCGUGUGGGGACUGACGGCGCGUGCGCCUGAGUUGGGGGCGGGGCCGGGGCCCAUCCAUGUCGUGGACGUGUGACACACAAAAGGCAACCUCAUCAUCAGGGCGUGCUACAUUGAUUCCUUGAUGCCGCCCCUAAUGUGGCCAGGUUAGCACAUACAGGGAGCACAAUCAUUGACCCAGGUCUGGGGAUACGCAAGCUGCACAUCUUCCGAACAUC